AUGAUGACGUUGGUUUUCGUCGAUUAGCUGAAGAAUUUCAAUUGAUGCGAGGAAUUCAAUGAUCAUAACUUAUUUACAUGUAGUUACACCCAACAUAAAUGGUUCUAUCGAUCGAUAUUAUCCAUUGCUGAAAUAUCUGAGAUAAUAAACUGAAGACUAAGAGAGUAUGAUAGGUUGCCAGUAGAAUAAACAAUAAUGGUUGAAGUAUUGGCUAAUUUAUCGAGAGGUCCUGUCUUCUUGGCAGGGGAGACUAUUCACUGUGAGAUAUCGUUCCAUCAUCCUGGUCCACCAUCAAAUACAGGUCGUACAGAGUCGCCUAGAGACAAUAACAGAGUCACGUUAGCUUGGGCUAGCGUACAAAUUAUAUGUCAGUGUACUGUCAGUGAGUCACGUGUUUUAUUGCCACGAGGACCUCUACCAUCAACAGCUGAUGUUUCUUCUACUGGCUGUGAUACGUCUUUUGUACCCAACAAAGGUGAACGAGGAUUGACUGUUUUAUCAACAAAACCUAAAAUACUCUUCUGUGAUUUGACCCUAACGGCAGGACAAACAAAAUCAUUUAAAUUUGAAGAUGCUAUCCCGACUGAUUCUCCGCCAUCUUACCGAGGACAGGCCGUCAAAUACUCGUAUAAAAUUAUUAUUGGUACCCAGAGAUUUCAGCAACCAACCAAAUUAUUACGUAUUCCAUUCAGAGUUUUAGUCUUAUAUGGAUUGAAUGAUCUGAGUGUUUAUAAUGAAACUGAUGAAGUGGCACCAAGUAAUCCAUUCUUACGACCUAAACAAAAAGAGAAUACUAUAUUAGAUAUCGCUACACAAGUCAUGGCAACUGUUACAGCAAGAAAAUCACCACAUUCAUACAAUAUAACAAAUUCACAAGGUCGUGUAGCCAAAUUAUUAUUAUUUAAACAGGCGUUUAAAUUAGGGGAUGAUAUCGUCGGGGUUUUUGAUUUUAAAGAUGGAACAAUACCUUGUGUACAGUAUUCUGUCACAUUACAAAGCGAGGAACAGAUAUCAGAAGAAUGUCGUCAGAAGAUGAGUCAAGGUUCGGCCAUUACAUCAUAUGUUAAACACCAAGAGAUGUGUUUACAUGUAGAUGAGACUCAUAUGUCUAUACCUAUACCUCUUACAGCUUCACCUGGUUUUAUUACAGAUAUAGUGUGUUUACGAUGGCGAUUACAUUUUGAGUUUGUGACAUUAUGUGAACCAUUAGACCCAGCGGAGUUAAUGGAGAUUGGUGAAGAGUUCUCGAGUUGGCGUGGACCCGCUAAUAUUAAUGUAGAAACCAUGGUGUGGGAUCUACCCAUAAAAAUCUUCCCAGCUAAUCCAGUACAUGUGUCUAGUGUCACUAUGAUGAAAUCCGCGAACACUAUUAAAGUCUGAAACAAAUAAAAAUCAAAUCAGUUAUUUGGACAUUUGCAAUGGUCAUUGGUAAAUAGCCGUGAGGUAAAUGUAAUGGCACUGCAAUGAGACUCAUGUAAUGGUCAUGUGGUAAAUGUAAUGAUACUGCAGUGAUACACAUGUAAUUGAUGUAAUCUGCUGAUUCAAACAAUAGUCAUGUGGUAAAUGCAAUUGUACUGCAGUGAGACACAUGUAAUGGUCAUGUAAUGAUCAUCUGGUAAUUGUAAUGACACUGCAGUGAGACACAUAUAAUUGAUGUAAUCCACUGACUUACACACUCUUUGUUGGUAAAUUGCCAUAUUGUGAUUGUAAUGACACAGCAGUGAGACAUAUGUAACCUAAAUCUGCUGACUUGAACAACGAAUAUAAUUUAUUGUGUGGUGAUGGGUCCUUAAUUUGUCAAUCAGGAAGUCUUGGAAGGAGGAGGGAGGGACAGGGGAAGUGUAAUCAUAAUUUGAGGGAUUUUGAAAUCUCUUGCAAGCUACAAUAUUGUAACAGUUGAAUCUUUAAGGAAUAUCAGUCCAAAAUUCAGUUUCAUAUUUACAAAGAUACGAUAAAUGGAAAAUUGUGGACGUUAAACCCUUUUUUUUGUCUCUCUGUCUUUCGAUUAAUGGCUUAUAUAGAAAGAUCAAACAGUAUGUGAAUCCAACACAGACAAUCCAAAUAUCAUAGUAUUCCGUUCUACUCCACUAACCCUGGGUUAAUCCCACUGCUAAAAGACCCAUACGCGCAAUCGAAUUAUGAAAAUAAAAUUGAACCAUGUGUUAGUACCGAAAUGACCUAGUUUGUGUCGAGUGGUUAAACCCUCUCUCUCGCUCUCUCUCUCUCUCUCUCUCUCUCUCUACUCCACUAUACCCUGGGUUAAUCCAUGGGGUUUUCACGAUUUCAAAUUAUGUGCUCUGGCCUUGAUUGUAGCUUGAGUCUGCAAACCAAUCAAAAAACAGUUUACAAACCAGACUUACUAAGACUCUUUAGUCUCUUUGUUGCAACACGAUGAGAGUUACUUCCCUUCACCAACUUUUACUUUGUUGCAACACGAUGAGAGUUACUUCCCUUCACCAACUUUUACUUUGCAAUUAAUGAUUUAUGGGAUUGGUCGAUCAAAAUAACAAAAUCAUCAAGGGCACCACAGAGUUUAAUUCUAGUCCCAGAUUUACCAAGGCCCACAAAAAAGGGGUUUCGGGCCGACAAGGAAAAAUCAUUCUGACGAGACGAAAAACUAAAGUCCCACAUGUAUUUGUAUAUCAUUGGAUGGAUAAUAUAGAUCACCUGAUAGUUAGCCAUAGUGCCACUGCCCGGGCAAAAUUUCCCUCAUUUUCUCAUAGCAUAUGCCAGUUGGUCGACAAAAUAGUGAGAAUUUAAACCCUUUUUAAUUUCAUUUUGUAAAUAAAGCCUGGAUUUGUUUAGCUCCUAACUACCUGAGUGAUCUUAUACAAAUCAAAAGUGGAGAAAGAACAACUCGAUCAACAUCAAAACACGACCUUGCAGUUCCAAAAACGUUGAAGGUAUCAUGUGGUGAUAGGGCAUUUUCAGCAGCAGCACCCAUCCAAUGGAAUAAACUGCCUGCAAAAUUAAAGGAAUCCAGAACUUUAGAGUCCCUUAAAAUUAUCCUUGAAGACUCACUUAUUUAACUGUGAAUACCAAACGUGACAGUGCAGCUCAGCGCCAUCGAGUAGAACAGUUCUAGAUGAGAGGCACUAUACAAAUUCAUUAUUAUUAAGUAACCAUUUUUUUGCGUUUUAAAGAUAGGUUCUGAAAAGUUUUGUUAGUAAUGAAAAUACAGAGCUUGACUAAAUUUGGUUUAAAUGAGGUGGAAAUACUAUUUUUGUUAACCAGGAUCUGUUUUUGUAUACCAGCAUCUGUUCUUGUAUACCAGAAUCGGUUCAUGUAUAUGAGGGGGGUUGGAUGGCCGAAUGGUUAGCACGCGCGCUGUAUCAUACGGCCUGUCAUUGAGUCAACUGGCGGGGUUUCGAAUCCCCGGUUGUAUGUGACAAGGAGUAGGGUCGCCUGUCCAACCUCGUGGGUUUUCUCCGGGACCUCCGGUUUCCUCCCACUGCUAAAGACCCCUACGCGCAAGCAAAUGAUUGAAAUAAAAUUGAAGCAUGUGUUAGUCCCGAAAUGACCUGGUUUGUGUCGACAACCCCAUUUCUCCCUCUCUCGCUCUCUCUGUAUACCAGGAUCUGUUCUUGUAAAUGAAUGUAAAGUGUAUAUUAUUGUAAAUAACAUAAAAAUAAAUUAUAUUUAUUUAAA